AUGUAUGGCGUUGAGAUUUCUUAUCAACAGGCAUGGCGCGCAAAAGAGCGUGCACUAGAACUGAUAAGAGGUAAACCUGCUGAUGGCUACAGAAACAUGCCAAGAUACAUAUAUAUGCUGGAAACUGUGUAUCCAAAUUCAUAUAUAAGGACGCGUAAGUCUGAAUACAACGAAUUUAUGUAUCUUUUCAUAUCAUUAAGGCCAACGAUGAGAGGAUUUGAGUUCUGUAGGCCAGUUGUUGUUGUUGUUGAUGCUUCACAUCUUAGUGGAGAUUAUCGAGGUACAUUUGUGUCUGCUAGUACACUUGAUGGAGCAGGUUGCAUAUUGCCUUUGACAUACAUAGUUGUUGCCACAGAAAAUGAUUGUUCAUGGACAUGGUUCUUUCAACAAUUUAAGAAUGCAUUUGGUGAGAGGGAAAAAAUGUGUAUUGUAUCUGACAGAAAUGAAAGCAUAAAGAAAGGUGUGAGUAUUGUUUAUCCAACUAUUCCUCAUUUUGCAUGCAUAUGGCACCUCUGGAAAAAUGUGUGUUCAAACUUUAGGAGAAGCAGGACCAUUCUAAGUGAUCUGUUUUAUUCAAUGGCUAAGGCUUAUAGAAAGAAUGAUUUUGAAAAAUUGAUGGCUAAAUUGGAUAAAAUUGAUGGAAGAGUAAAAAAGUAUCUUCAAGAUGCUGGGUAUGAAAGAUGGGCUAGGUCUCAUGCAACAGUGAACCGUGGGAGAAUGAUGACUUCAAAUAUAGCUGAAUGUAUCAAUGGUUGCCUUGUUGAUGCACGACAACUACGUAUUAUAGAUUUUUUGGAGGAAGUUAGAAUUCUAUUUGGUUCUUGGAAUUGCAAAAAUAGAGAAAUAACUUCUUAUACAAAAGAAACAUUGGGCAGAAGAUUUGAAGAUAUAUUGGUUUUAAACGCAUCAAAAAGUUCAAAAAUGAAGGUUGUUGCAUCUUCUGAGUUUUUUUUUCAGUGUAUGAAGGUGGGAUUAUAUACAUUGUUUGUCUUGAGAGGAAAACUUGUUCAUGUGGGAGAUUUCAACAUGACGAGAUACCUUGUCCACAUGCAAUAG